GCACUCGUCGCUAACCGCUAAAGAAACACGUGUGAUCGACUGACUGUUCGGGCGUAUUCUGGGAAGUUGACAUAAAAUUGGGAUUUUGGCUAUUUAGUUUUAAUCCAACUAGUAUAAAAUGCCGAAGGUGAAGGCGGAAAAGAGGAGCAGGCAGCACCAAGACGUUAAAAGCCAAGGGAUCAUGUUCAACACUGGCGUUGGUCAACACAUCCUGAAGAAUCCUCUGGUCGUCAAUGCAAUCAUUGAGAAGGCUGCGCUGAGGCCGACAGAUGUGGUUCUGGAAGUUGGACCUGGUACUGGUAACAUGACGGUUAAACUGCUGGAAAAAGCAAAGAAGGUUGUGGCAUGUGAGUUGGACUGCAGACUUGUGGCUGAACUUCAGAAAAGAGUACAAUGCACGCCUUUGCAGACCAAACUUCAGAUUUUAGUUGGUGAUGUAUUAAAAACAGAUAUGCCUUUCUUUGACAUCUGCGUAGCUAAUCUGCCUUACCAGAUUUCAUCACCGUUUGUCUUCAAGCUGCUGCUGCACCGACCUUUCUUCAGAUGUGCUGUGCUGAUGUUCCAGAGGGAGUUUGCCAUGCGACUGGUUGCCAAACCUGGAGACAAGCUGUUCUGCAGGCUGUCCAUCAACACACAGCUGCUGGCUCGUGUCGACCACCUCAUGAAGGUGGGGAAGAAUAAUUUCCGCCCUCCUCCUAAAGUUGAGUCAAGUGUCGUCAGGAUAGAACCGAAGAACCCUCCUCCUCCGGUUAACUUUCAGGAGUGGGACGGUCUGGUCAGAAUCGCCUUUGUACGGAAAAACAAAACCCUCGGUGCAGCUUUUAAGUCUGCAGCAGUGGAGCAGCUGCUGGAGAAGAACUAUAGGAUUCACUGCUCCGUCCACAACGUGAUCGUUCCAGACGACUUCAGCAUCGGCAAAAAAAUCGAGAGUGUUCUGCAGGAGGCCGGUUUCAGUGACAAGAGGGCCCGGUCCAUGGACAUCGACGACUUCAUGAUACUGCUGCAUGCAUUCAACACUGCAGGAAUCCACUUUACCUGAUGGAGGUGACAACAGUUUGACCUCCUGUCUCAAGAAGAUGUUGAAAAACAAGUGAAGCUAUGGUGCACUUGGAGGAACUUGAGUGUCAAAACAGAAAUUAGCUCAUAUUGAGUCUUUUCUUUUCCCAGUAAACAUGCACACACAACUUCUUGCAGGUGUUAAGGUGUGCACGUAAAAAAAAUGCUAUGCAUGAUUACUGUAAUCUGCAGAAGUGUUUAAAAAACACAUUAUUUUAUCGUUUUAAGUGCAG